UAGGAGGAAGGGGAGAAAUGAAAUCCAAUGCAGGUAUCAGAGGCUGUGGAAUGCUACGAAGUUUAAUAAAUGAAAACGCUAACUCAUUCAGAAGAUUAAUUGACCAAGAGCAACCAUAUGUUGAA